AUGAAAGGAGGGAGCCUCCAUGAGAUCCGGUUCAUCAGUAUCACUGUCUUUUACCUCCACAUCCUGUCUCACUGGAAGGUCUUCAGGGGGAGUAACAAGCAUGGAGCUGUCAUUUCCUCUGGAUGUGAAGUUACCCCAGAUGUAAACAUUUCGGGCCAAAAAUUUAACAUUAAACUCCUGAUUCCAGUUGCAGAGGGCAUGAAUGAAAUCUGGCUUCGUUGUGACAAUGAAAAACAGUAUGCACAUUGGAUGGCAGCCUGCAGAUUAGCCUCCAAAGGCAAGACCAUGGCGGACAGUUCUUACAACUUAGAAGCAAAUAUUCUUUCCUUUCUGAAGAUGCAGCAUUUAAACCCAGAUCCUCAGUUAAUACCAGAGCAGAUCACGACUGAUAUAAAUCCUGAAUGUUUGGUGUCUCCCCGCUAUCUAAAAAAGUAUAAGAACAAGCAGCCAGGCUAUGUAAGAGAUUUGAUAACAGCGAGAAUCUUGGAGGCCCAUCAGAAUGUAGCUCAGAUGAGUCUAAUUGAAGCCAAGAUGAGAUUUAUUCAAGCUUGGCAGUCAUUACCUGAAUUUGGCAUCACACACUUCAUUGCAAGGUUCCAAGGGGGCAAAAAAGAAGAACUUAUUGGAAUUGCAUACAACAGACUGAUUCGGAUGGAUGCCAGCACCGGAGAUGCAAUUAAAACAUGGCGUUUCAGCAACAUGAAACAGUGGAAUGUCAACUGGGAAAUCAAAAUGGUCACCGUAGAGUUUGCAGAUGAAGUACGAUUGUCCUUCAUUUGUACUGAAGUAGAUUGCAAAGUGGUUCAUGAAUUCAUUGGUGGCUACAUAUUUCUCUCAACACGUGCAAAAGACCAAAAUGAGAGUUUAGAUGAAGAGAUGUUCUACAAACUUACCAGUGGUUGGGUGUGAAUAGAAAUAAUGUUUAAUGAAACUCCACGGCCAUAACAAUAUUUAACUUUAAAAGCUGUUUGUUAUAUGCUGCUUAAUAAAGUAAGCUUGAAAUUUA